AUGCUACGCAAAGAGGGAAUUUUCAUAUUUGAAGAUGAUCUUUGCCAAGCAUUAACAGAAUCUUCCUAUCAGGCAUUUGAUGUGUCUGAACUAAAUCAGAUAUAUCGAUCUGUUGCGACUCAAGAAUAUCACGAAGUAUUAUGGAGAUUGAUAACUAAUCGAUAUAAGUUACUAGAAAAGCGAGAACAAUUUUCUCAAGUUAAACUCUUUCAUGAUGGUUAUAAGAAGAUUCAACUUUUUUAUAUGAAAUUAUAUUUUGGAAAAUGGAAACAAAAGCAUGAAUUAGUUACAAGUCAUUCUCAUUUCGACAAAAAGUCUCAUAUAUCCAUCAUUUCAGACUCAUCAUCGAGAAGUGGAAUUUCAAAUUUAGAUUAUUGGAAUUUUUUUACAAAUGACAAAGAAGUUAAGAGCAAAAAAGUUAAGAAAAUACCACGUAAACAAUCAACAGCUAGUAAAUACCUUUAUAAAAAGUAUUUGAACAAAUGGCGAAAUAAAUUAUUGGAUAAAAAGAAGCAAAAGUUUAUGAAAUGGAAAUCUUUGAUGGAUUUAUGUCAAAAAUCUCCGAUAAACAUUCCAAAAAAUACUCAUUCAAAUCUAUCAAAAUGGACUGCUUUUACGACAAAACUAAAGCUACAGAGAAUUCGUAGUAAGUCUAAGAAAUACAUAAACUACAAACGCUUUAUCGAUCUCAAAGAAAAAUUAGUAAAAUUCGUUAAUGAAAAAGAAAAAGAAGAAUCGAGAAUUUACUUGUUGCAAAGAUCAUUUUCCUUAUGGUAUUCACGAUUAUCCUACUUACAAUCAAUUGAAACCAACAUUACGAUGGAUUUGAUUGUAUCUCCAACCAUUUCAACAAAAGUCGAUGAUUUUGUAACUAAACCUGACUUUGACAGCAUGAAAACGCUCAACACAAUUGUACAAUCUCAAAAAAUUCAAGAUAUCGAAAAUUAUCAAAAUUUAUAUCGUCCAAAAGUUGGAUUUUCAGCAUCAAUGUUUGAUUUUAUCAAGAUGUCUGCUAGAAAUCUUGAGAAAUUUGAGAAAAUACCAGAAAUUCCUCAGAUAUCUCAAGAAAAUAAUGUUUCUACUACAGACAAUACAUCUACUUCAUCUCCAAAGAAGAAGAAAGUCAAGAAAGUUAAGAUUUCGAACGUUUCUGAAGAAAAUGAUAAAAAUAAUCCAACACCACAAAGAAAGAAGAUCAAAAAGCAUAAAAACAAUGAAUAUCAAGAUGUUCCUAAUAACAAUUCUGAAGAACAAAUCUCUGUAAAAUCAAGAGAUCUAAAUAAUUCUCCACAAAGCGUCAAAAGCGGCAAAGGCUACUUUGACAGUAUUUCAGAGGAUUUGUGUACUCCAAUUGUCCAUGUUCCUCAGCCAAGAUUUGCAAAUUCUGUUUCUCCUCAUGUAAAAAGGAAAAGAAAAGUCCAAGAAGAAGAAAAUCCAAGCAGUGCAACUAAGAAACUUCCUCCGUUUCUUCCUAUGCCAAAUGUUAAAUCUCCAAAGAAAAAGAAAUCAAAGAAACAAAAAGUUGAUGAAAUUCAAAAUGAGUUGGAAAAAAUGCUUAACGACGAGUUAGAAUUUUUGUUACAGAAUCAGACUGAUAAUAUCUUGAUUUCAAUUGAUUCUGUAACAAAAGGAGAAGAAAUUAAAGAAGAUGAACCUGAAUCUCCUCCAAAGAAGAAAAAGAAGCACGCCAAAACUCCACAAAGACAAAGAAAAACCAAGAUGUAUCCAACACAAGAAGAAGAAACUUCUCCAAAUCAUUAUUCAACGAUGGAUAUUCCACAAAAGCACAAACAUCAUAAAAAACGGAAUAAAUCAGUGGAUUCCACACCAAAGAAGUUAACUCCUGUUAAAGAAACACCAGAAACCAAUGAAACUCAGAGUCUUCGUAAAAAGAAGAAGAAAUCGAAGUCAAAAUCUCAAAAUGAAGACCAAACAACUACAACAACAAUAGAAACUACAGUUGAAACAGUAGAUCCUGCUCCUAAAGAAGAAAAAUCUGAAAAUAAUUCUGAAAUUCAAAAUUCAACGAAGGAAAAAAUAAUUGGAGCAUUAAAUGCUCUCCUCUCACCCAUAAAGAAUUUUGCAGAUAAGACUUCCAAAGACGAUCAGAGUUCUAAAAAUCUUAAAUUUGAUGAUAACGAAUUAUUCUCUCAAAUUUCCAAGAAUCUGGAGAAUGAUAUGUGUGAUAUGUUGAAUAAGCAAAUGCUUGCAGUUGAUUCUCUCGAUCAAUUCAAUAUGAAAACGAACGAUCAACAGAAUUCCGCGGAGGAAGAAGACAAUAAUGAAAAACCGAAUGAAGUAGAUGAAAACAAUCAUGAAAGUAAUGAUGAUAAGCAGAAAGAAAAUGAAAAAGAAGAGAAAUUAGAUUUGGAAUCCAAAUCUUCUCCGAAGAAAGAUGGAGAAACGAAAGAUAAUGCAAGUGUAUCUAGUGAAUCAAGCGAAGAUUCUUAUUCUCUUCCCAAAGAAAUUGUUCUUCCUCCAAAAGAAAGAAACAUUUCACCAGAAGAAGAAAAUAAUGAACAAAAGCCAGAAGAGCACGAUUUAACAUCAACAAUAAAGGACUUUGGUAUGUUCUUUGAUUGCACAAUUCAAGAAAUGACAGAUUCUGUAAUUAAAUCAAGCUUUGAUGACUGUUUAACUCCUAUUAACGAUAUAUUAGUAUGUGCAACUGCUAAAAGAUACGAAAUGAUUCCGAUUGGCCAGACAAAAGACGAAUUUUUAUCAGAAUCACUUCAAACUGCAAUUAUUUCUGCGGCUAACUAUGCUAUUUGUCAGACAACUGAUGCAAUUAAAGAUGUUAUCAGUCAUUACAAGCAUAGUUCUGAAAAGAAGCACUUGAAGAUCAAAGAAAAAGAUUUCCCUGAUUUAUUUGAUGGCAUCGUUGAUAACUUGGUUAAGUCUUCAUUUGAUCAGCUUAAAGAAUUUGUUGUUAUCGAAAAAGAAGAAAAAAUUGAAUCUGAAGAACAACAAAAGCCAAACGAACAUGAAGUUCCUGAAGAAGAACACCAUGAAGAAGAAAAUAGUAAAGAUGAUACCAAGCAAAUCCCAGAAAUUAUUCCAAUCAAGAUUGAUAUUCCGGAAGAAGAAGAGGAACCAGAGCGGGUUCCUAUUGUUAAGCUUGAGAUCCCUCAGAAUGAUGACAAAGGAGGUAAGUCUCCCACAGAAGAUACUUUGAUCUCAAAAUAUUCUAGUGGAAGCGAACAAUUUAUGUCGAUUCCAAGCAGUAUCCUUGUAAGUCCUUCAGUUAAGACAAGUAAAUUCGUAAUUCAACUUGAAAGUUCAAAUUCAGAUGAAGAAGAGGAAGAAAAGCCAAGAAACAUCAGCGUAAUGCCUCAAUUAGAUAAUAAUCAUGAAGAUGUUGAUAUUAUCUCUCCACCAGAUUCGAGUGGAGACAAAGAAGAAGUUGCAUCUAAUGAAGAUAACUCAGUUGACGAUGAUUCAAUAUUAGAAAUGCACCAUAGCAUUUCAACUCAACCAAUUCUUCCUCCUCCUUUGGUUAAUAUGAGGCCUUCAAACGUAUUAAGAACAUCUAGUCUAUCCAAUUCAUCAGAUGACUCCGCGCAGUUGUCAUCUGGUAAUAGAGAGUUGAGACACGUUACAUUUAACUUUGCAAUGCCAAAAACAAGUCAAUCUUUAUCUGAUAUUUCCAAUCAAGCCAAACAGAUUGAUUUCAAGUUUGAUGACAAGCAACUCAAAGAAUCAUUAACUGUUUGUAUUGCAAAUACUUCAAGAAAUGCUGUAAAAGGCGGAAUACGUCCUGAUAUCUUAUGUUUACCACUUUUAGGAGAAAAGAUUGCUCAACAAGAGAAAGAUAAAUUGUUACAGCUAAGAAUGCUCUUAGCAAAGAACUUUGUUUUCGAUACAACUGACUUCGAAAUCUCAUUUUCUAUUGCAUUUGGCCAAUUAACCCGCAGAAAUAUAGAAUUAUUGCUUGAUUCGAUUCACCCACAAAUGAAUCCUUGCGUUGAAGUAGAGAAGAAUCAGCCGAUAUGGCGUGAAGCUAUACCUGUUACAAUUGUUAGAAACGACACUGUAGGUAGUUCUGAUCCAUAUAAGAUCCCAGAUUUACUUAGUGCCGUUCAAUAUAUUUCACCUUAUAAAUAA